AUGUCCGGUGUCCCUCAACGUUUCUGGGGCCAACCCAUCCGGUACCUUCGCUGGGCGGCGCACGAGAAGCCGGCGAUAUUCUGGAGCUGCGUCAUUGGUGGUCUGGGACCUGCGACAUUUGUCUUUAUACCGCCGAUGAGGAGAUACUUUGGGGACCAAGAUCCACCGAGAAUUCCUCUGACUUAUCCCGGUACGUAUUUACGAGUCAAGGAAGAAGGAGGGGGAUCAAACAAUGAGAAUGGAGGUAUCUUGCAACUUUGGGACGGCAGUCUUUUGAUAUCGGAGGAUCUUGGUGUGGUCAAACUGAAGACAAGUGAAUGGACACAUGGAUUCUGA